UUCACUCCUGACCUUAACUUUCUACAAAGACACGUAGAAAGUAAUCCAAAUGGCGAAGUCAUUGUUGUUUUAUUUGCUCAUUCUCAGUUCCUCUUUAGAGCUUAGCUCAUCAUCGAAUUGGUGGAGUCCUUAUAAAUGGCGAGAAUACUGGGAAGACUGGUGGCAGAAACUUGAUAUUGGUCAAAGCGAAGGAGUUCUACAGCCACAACAGAGCAAACCAGAGAUUUUACCGAGUGGUGAAGGGCCAAAUGUUUGUACACAUCGGAUUCCCAUAGGAAUAUUUCGAAAAUGCAGGAAGAUACCCGGGAAGCGGAGACUUCAGUGCAGGACCGAACAGCAUUAUUUGACAGAAUAUCGGUGCUGUCCCGGAUAUACCCAAGUGGAAGGAAGUCCCGGAUGCCCAAAAGAACUUUACACUUCAAAUAAGAAAAUAAUGGAGGUGGCAGAGUCUCUUGACCUGGGUGAAUUUACAAAACUAAUGAAGGCUUCUGGUCUUUCGUCUGAGCUGGACGCUGACACGCGUUACACGGCAUUUGUACCAUCAGACCAAGCGUUCUCUACCUUGCCAAAAGAAACUUUAGAAGAGCUUGCUAACAACAAGGAGAUACUUCGCGAAACGCUUCUGUUGCAUUUGGCGGCUGGAAAGAUUGUCACUGAAACAAUGAAAGACAACAGAAAGAUAAUAACACUAGACGGCUCGCAAGAACUGCGCAUCAAUGUGGCGGAAGACGGAGAGACAAUCGUGAUACAAGGAGGAGAAAUUGUUGUCUCAAACCAAGGAGCAAGUAAUGGAAUCAUUCACGUUAUUGACAGAGUGCUGAAACCAGCCGUCGAUAACAUUGGAGAUAUUCUAAAGAGCGAUCCAAACUUCAGUAUCUUUUCACAAAUGAUCGAGAAUUCCGCAAUGAACUUCACCAACAUGACCUUGUUCGCACCCACCGAUCAGGCUUUUGAAAUGAUGGACCGCGAGAGACUGGAAAACCUUCUUUCCAAUGACGAAUGUGUUGAGAAAUUUGUCAAGUAUCACAUGCUGCCCAAGCCAAUUUACACAGCCGCGCUGGACAACGGUCGCUACACCACUGUGGAAGGACAUUUCGUCGAUGUUAAACUAGGUGGCGAAGGACAGAUCGAAGUAAACGACGCCAUGGUGACGAAUGCUGACGUCAGUGCCAAUAAUGGAAUCAUUCAUACUAUUAACAAAGUAUUGAUGCCUGUUUCAGCAAUGAAUCUCUUGGAAGUGGUCAAAGUUCUGAACCUCACAACACUCAUUAAGUACCUGGACGCCACCGGCCUUUCCACCACUUUAAAGGAGGAACAGGGGCCGUUUACGCUGUUUGCUCCAACUGAUAAAGCUUUCGAGGCUUUACCCGACUCAACCAAGCGGUCCCUACUUGAAGAUCCCGCCAAACUCAAGGGGCUGCUCGCUUACCACAUACUUCCUGAGAGGAAGUGGACGUACGAAUUUGGGAAGGAUUCGCUGGUGAAUUCUCUCAACGAGCCCGACAAACUCCGUCUUAAUUCAUUCAGAUAUGGCAAGGUACACUCCGUCAACGGCGCAUGCUUAACUAAAGCCAAUAUUGAAGCCUGCAAUGGAGUCAUCCAUGUUAUUCACAAAGUGCUGCUACCGCCAACCAAGACAAUCUACGACGUCAUCAACUCUGAUCCUCGCUUCCUAACACUCAUGGAGGCCAUAAACGUCACCACGCUCGCGCCAGUCCUCAAGAACCCAGCCGCCUCGUUAACCCUGUUCGCACCAACGAACUGGGCUUUUGCCAAACUCGAACUCAAGUCUCCUGGAUCAAUGGAAGGUCUUCUCGCUCACCCUGAAGAGCUGACAGAAGUUCUUCAGCAUCAUUUAGUAAACGGGACGCUGUACACGUGCGGUAUUCACUGCAAAUUCAGCUACUGGUCGCUGUUCAGCAACCACUUCUCCGUGUUUUCCACGGCUCGUGGCGUCCUUAAAGUACGCUAUGGCUGGAACGGACGAGUGUAUGUCAAUGGCAUGCGCAUUAUCGACCUCGAUCUACCGGCAACGAAUGGAGUUAUUCACGUGAUUGAUGACGUGUUGGAGCUGUAUCCACAGGGAUACCGCAAACUGAGGCGUCAAGCGCACACUCACAGGGCGAGUCACGGCAAAAAACGGCGCUUACAUUAAACACAACUGAAAUGUCCUCGCUUUGACGCGUCUAUAAGAAACGCCAAUGUAAUUGUGCUUGUUAUAGUUAAAAUUUUGAAAAUUCUUAAAACACACGCUUUUGAUGUUCAAAAAUUAGGCCCGGUACUCACUAAUAAAGUUCUGCAGACAUUCUUGCUUAUCGUAA